AUGGCUACCAUCACAAAUUUUUUGUCAAAACCACCAUCAUCUCUUUCAAAAAUCCCUAAAUUAAGCCCUCCUUGUUUGCACAGUUCCUUUUUGGUACCCUUUGUUACUAAAGAAGUUAAACCUCUGGCAGCAAAACCUGGUACAAGCAGAACAUACUUUAUUACAAAGGCUACCGCUGGUCCAGAAACCAAAAAACCUAUUAAGGAUGAAAAAGUACAGAAAAUUCACAACGUAGAGGAGUUCGAUGAAGCACUUAGAGCAGCGAAAGACAAGCUUGUUGUUGUAGAAUAUGCAGCAAGCCACAGUUACCAUAGCAGUAAAAUCUACCCUUUUAUGGUAGAACUUAGCAGAACCUGCAACGAUGUAGAUUUCCUUCUUGUGAUGGCAGAUGAAUCAGAGAAGACUAGAGAGCUUUGCGAUAGAGAAAAAAUAGAAAAAGUUCCACACUUCAGCUUCUACAAGAGCAUGGAGAAGAUUCAUGAAGAAAAAGGGAUUACCCAAGACAAGCUGAUGGGGGAUGUUUUAUACUACGGCGAUAAUCACUCUGCUGUUGUACAGCUGCAUUGCAGAGAAGAUGUGGAGAAGUUGAUUGAUGAUCAUAGAGCUGAUCACAAGUUGAUUGUUCUUGAUGUGGGGUUGAAGCAUUGUGGGCCAUGCGUGAAGGUUUAUCCAACGGUGAUUAAAUUGUCAAGGCAGAUGUCUGAUACUGUGGUGUUUGCACGCAUGAAUGGCGAUGAGAAUGAUAGCUGCAUGCAGUUCUUGAAGGACAUGGAUGUUAUUGAGGUGCCCACUUUCUUGUUCAUCAGAGAUGGUAAGAUUUCUGGAAGGUACGUGGGCUCUGGCAAAGGAGAGCUUAUUGGAGAAAUUCUUAGAUACCAAGGAGUUCGUGUUACCUAUUAG